UCCAAGUAACCGUCGGCCAAUAACAAAUAAAGAAAUGGCGAUCCCCAAAACCAAAAUAGUCAUCAUCGGCGCCGGAAUGGCGGGGCUAACGGCGGCCAACCGCCUCUGCAAAUCCCCCAACCACCACCUCUUCGACAUUUCCGUCGUGGAAGGCGGAGCCAGGAUCGGCGGUAGGAUCAAAUCAUCGGAGUUCCACGGCGACGCAAUCGAGCUCGGAGCGACCUACAUCCACGGAACCGAAGGCAGCCCAAUCUACAAAAUCGCCGACGAAUCGAACCUCCUCCACUCCCAGACGCCAUGGGAGUCCAUGAACGGCUUCUCCCAAAGCCCCCUAACCGCCGCCGAGGGUGGGCAUCUGCUAAACCCUUCUUCAAUUUCCCCAAUUUCCCAAAUUUUCAAAACCCUAAUUAAUUCCAUCCGCGGCAACGAAACCAUUCUUACCUCCGAAAUAGCGACCCGUUUGUCGAAAAAUCUAAGCGUAGGUUCAUUUCUCAGGGAAGGUUUCGAGAUUUACAGAGAAAGUUCGAAAAAUCGAAACGGCGUAGAAUUAGGGUUUGGAAGAUGGAGCAGUGAAAAGCUCGAAGAUGCCAUUUUCGCAAUGUUUGAGAACAUUGAGAGGAGCAUCUCAGCCGUUGAUGAAUUGGACGGCCUGGAUUACAUUUCGGAGAAAGAGUAUACUCGGUUUCCGGGGGAAGAUCUUACCAUAGCAAGAGGCUACUCCGGCGUGAUCGAAUCUUUGGCUUCUGAUUUACCUGUCGGGACAAUUCAAUUAUCUCGGAAAGUGUCGAAAAUCGAAUGGCAGCCGGACGACAAUCAAAUCUCCGGCGAGGAUCGGCCGGUGAAGCUGCAUUUUUCCGACGGAUCGACAAUGUCGGCCGAUCACGUAAUCGUGACAGUUUCGCUCGGUGUUCUUAAGCGUGGAAUUAGUGAAGACGGCGGGUUCUUUGAUCCGGCAUUGCCUAGUUUCAAAACCGAUGCGAUCUCGAGGCUCGGAUAUGGAGUUUUGGAUAAAGUUUUCUUACACACACUCGAUAGUUUUGAUUUCCCGUUCUUGAAAAUGGUUUUCCAUGAGGCGGAUUCGGAUUCGAGGAACUGCGAGAUUCCUAAAUGGAUGAGGAGGAAUCCUUCGAUGUAUCCGAUUUAUAGAAACUCAAGAGUCGUGGUGUCGUGGCUCGUCGGGAGAGAUGCUCUUGAAGUCGAAGCUCUCGGCGAAGAUGAUAUUGUUGAAGGAUUCUCGGCGACGGUUUCGAAUUUGUUGUCCGGCGCGAAGGAGUUUAAGUUUGCGGAAGCUUUGAGGACUCGGUGGGGGAGCGAUCCGCUGUUUUUGGGAUCCUACAGCUAUGUCGCCGUUGGAUCGAGUGGCGACGACAUAGAUGCUUUGGCGGAGCCAAUGCCGUUGCUGCGAAAUAGCGAAGUUGGUUCGUCGCCGCAGCUGCAAAUUCUGUUCGCCGGAGAAGCGACGCACAGAACACUCUACUCGACGACGCACGGCGCGUACCUUUCCGGUGUCCGAGAAGCCGAGAGGAUUUUGGAACACUAUGGUUUAUGAUUAGCAGCAGCAGGAGAUCCCGGCCCCGGCUAAGUUACCCUAGUGCCGAUUUGAUCGAAUAAGCAUAAACUAUAAUAAACAUCACUGUUUAUACAUAUAUCAUGAAAGGAUAACAUACACUGUUUUGACCAAAUUUGAUUGGAUUAACAUACACUAUAGAAGUGAAUAGUUAUGCA